GGUAGAUACUCAGUUGGAGGGUUCGACACGUCUUGGAUGCCGUUGAUGACUUGGACAUGUCCAAAUGAAGGGUGAAGGGGCGAAGGUUGGACCCUGACACUCCAGUGUCGGCAUCCUUGGCGGUCGCGUCCGGGGCCGAGGCUCACGUGAAAGACGCGAGUCAAAACUGAGCACAAGCGUGAGAAGGAGCGCGGGGAAGCAACAAAUCCGUUCGGAGGCGAUCCGAGACGAUGUGGAGAUAAAGACUCCACGAUCUGGCCCCCGCGUGGCGUUGCACGGAGUGCCUGCAUUCUGCCACUCUUCCACGUCAAUUCACCGACUGCAGAGACUCCCAGACAGUUACCAUGUCACUACCUACUGAUUCGGUCUCGCCAAAGGCGACUCCCCUGCCUCCUCUGCCGGAUAAUGACCCAUUGACACCGGCACAAUGGAAGACACUGCUCGCCAUCACCGACGCGUGCAUUCCAUCGAUCAAGCCGAUAUCCGUUGCGGACACCAGGACAGAAAUCGCAGCGACCGACACAGAAUACUCUACCGCAUUAUCCACCAUACGAGGGCUGGUGCCCGAAUCUGAUCCGGAGGCCACACUUGCAGCAACAGACUACCUCCAGGACUAUGCAUCCUCAAACCCAGCUUUCAAGCAGGAACUCCAACGCAUCUUCGCUCUGUAUAUGCCAUCGUCUACACGCCAGGAGCUCACUACUGUACUCAACGUCAUGAACACACGCGUUGGCUCUCUGGCCCUUACGGGCUACCUAACGCCCAUAAGUGAACAGCCUGUACACAUCCGCGAAGCCAUCAUCAGAUCAUGGAAGACCGCCAGACUAGGUCCAAUCCGCAGCUUGCACCGCUCGUUGACAGUCUUGUCGCGGCAGACGUGGAUCAAGAUCACGCCCACUUUACGCCGUGUCCUCGGCGUGCCACGUGUGCCGACGGGCAUGAAGCCUGGCAAAGGCUACGACUACGAGUUCAUCCAGCUUCCUCCCGGCGACAAGCCCGAAGUCAUCGAAACGGACGUCAUUAUUGUGGGAAGCGGCUGUGGUGGCGCUGUCUGCGCCAAAAAUCUUGCCGAAGCCGGGAAUCGUGUCCUCGUUGUUGAGAAAGCGUAUCACUGGACUCCUGAACACUUUCCUAUGAGCGAGGAACACGGGUGGAAUCAUCUCUUCAUGAAUGGCGCAUUUAUUAGCUCCGACGACACGAGUACCUCGAUUGUGGCCGGCCAAGCGUGGGGCGGUGGCGGCACAGUCAACUGGAGUGCCAGUCUGCAGACGCAGGGAUACGUGAGGAAAGAGUGGGCGGAUCGAGGCCUGCCUUUCUUUACGAGUGAGCGGUUCCAAGAGUGCCUCGAUCGCGUCUGCGACAGGAUGGGCGUCAGUGCAGACUACGUCGAACAAAACAGCGCGAAUGCGAAGCUGCUCGAAGGCGCGAGAAAGCUUGGAUAUAACCACAAGGUAGUGCCACAGAACACAGGUGGCGCGCAGCAUCGAUGCGGACACUGCACGUUCGGCUGCGGUUCGUGCGAGAAACAAGGCCCCGUCAUCUCGUUCCUCCCAGACGCUGCGCGAGCGGGCGCAAAGUUCAUCGAGGGAUUCCACGCCGAAAGAGUAAUCUUCAAGACUAUCGGCGGGAAGAGAGUCACAACAGGUGUAGUUGGCUCCUGGGUAUCCCGCGACAUCAACGGCGGCGUCGCCGGCGAGCCCAUCACGCGUCGCAAAGUCAUCAUCAAAGCAAAGCGCGUUAUUGUCUCCGCUGGCACGAUGCAGAGCCCAUUGCUACUUCUCCGCUCCAAAUUGAACAAUCCCCAGAUCGGGCGCAACCUCUACGUGCACCCAGUAUCCCUUCUUGGCGGCAUCUACCAAGAAGAGAUCAGGCCCUGGGAAGGCGCAAUUCUGACCUCCGUCGUCGGCGAAUAUGAAAAUCUCGACGGCCGUGGGCAUGGCGCAAAACUCGAAGCUACGAACAUGAUCCCAUCUUCCUGGCUUAUCUGGCUUGAUUGGAAGGGAGGAUUGCAGUACAAACUCGAUGCAGCCCGUAUGAAGCACAUGGUGGGCUAUAUCUCAAUUUGCAAAGACCGCCACACGGGGCGUGUGUAUCCCGACCCGAUAGAUGGAAGGGUCAGGUUUAGUUACACGCCCAGCAAGUUCGACAAGGGGCAUAUCAUGAAGGGAUUGUUGGCGCUAGCGAGGAUCCAGUAUGUUGAGGGUGCGAGCGAGAUCUUUACUACCAUUCCGGGCGUGUCGACAUUCAAGCGUGACGUUUCGCUCCCGGCGAGCGGAGAUGGUAUCAAUGAUGAGAGUUUCCAGGCCUGGCUUGAGGAGGUGGAAACCAAAGGAUUCCCAACCCCCGAGAGCGUGUUUGUUUCGGCUCAUCAAAUGGGAACUUGCCGAAUGAGUAAGGUCGAGAAAGAGGGCGUUGUUGAUCACACGGGUAGGGUGUGGGGCACCGAGGGCUUGUAUGUUGCGGAUGCCAGUGUAUUUCCCAGCGCAAGUGGUGUCAAUCCCAUGGUGACGAAUAUGGCGAUUUCUGAUUGGAUCUCGAGAGGUGUUGCUGAAGGGCUGAGGUCGAGAGCCACGCUUUGAGAGAAAUGGAAUAGCACCGCACUGAUCCGACAUUGUUGCGAACGUUUGCAGUCAGAUACUGACUACUCACGUUACGGGCAAGCUGUCUUUCAAAGCUGCAUCCACAGAUGCUCUCAUGGUAUGCCUGACACCGUUUUCCUCGGCUAUCGAAGGCAUAGCUGUAUUGUCGUUCUAUCGUGGUAUUACUCCGUUAUCUUCCACUCCGACCACGGUACACCGCCGUCUUGAUCGCUUGUGACGAUAAGACGCCAUGUCAGAUGCUCAUGAUGACUAUCGCAGCCGCUAAGACUAGCGUCCACAAUCAACUCCAAAGCUCUCCUCUGCUUGAGGCCUCAUCAGAGCUUGGUUGGCCAAAUCGGGUUUGCAGAAUGCGGCGGGUGGAGGGUUGUUGCAUGUAUUGGUGUUCGAUGCUGAUUGGCUGCGUCGCACGCCUUCGGCCUG